AGAAUAAUGUCUACCAACGUUGUUACUCCUGUGUAUCCGGUCUCUUGUUUGACAGAUCCAUCAUAUGAUGCAGUUUUGUUACUGAAUGAUGAUAUUGAAAAUUUACCAAGAACUUUACAGCUGGCUUAUAAGUCCUUGAAGGAGUUCUGUGAGGUUAAUCCUAAGUUUUCAGAUGAAAUCAGUGUGAUUCCAUUCCCAGAACAUCCAUCAAAAAGAUUAAUUUUUAGUCCAACUGGUCGGUUAAAUACAGAUGAAGCGGACAUUCGUAGCGUGUAUGAUGCUGCUGUGAAUGGCAUGUUAAAAUUGUUAAACAUAGGUUGUAAAUCACCGCUAUUAUGUUGUGGAUCGUUCAUAUCAGCACCGAAAGAUUCUCAAUGGUCUGAACGUAAUUGUUUAUUACUAAAUGCUGUAUUGGGAGCAUAUCAUGCAUUGUAUACACCUCUUGAGGUUCGUGAAAUGCUUCCUGAGAAAUUUCCUAAAGCUAUUCGAUUUGGGGUGAUGGAAGCUAAUGACUCCUUACUAGAUAUCGCUAAAGCCAUCGAAGAAGGACGAACAUUAGCACGAGAUAUUGGUGGUUCAGAUCCUGAACGAAUGGCAGCCCCGAAAAUUGCUGAAUACCUACAAAAUGCUUUAAAUGGUCUUAAAGGUGUUACAGUCACUGUCGAUAAGGUUGAUGUUAAGAAAUACCCAUUAAUGGCAGCGGUAAAUAGAGCAGCGUCAGUUGUACCUCGUCAUGAUGGGAGAGUUGUUCAUAUUGAUUAUAAACCGUUGAAUUCCAAAGAGAUCGAUACAUCGUUAUUUCUUGUCGGUAAAGGUAUCACUUAUGAUACUGGUGGAGCUGAUGUUAAAGCCGGUGGAAUUAUGGCUGGGAUGCAUCGAGAUAAAUGUGGUGCUGCAGCAAUAGCUGGUUUAAUGAAAACUAUUGGAUUACUGCAACCAGACGGUAUAAGUGUUUCAGCAGGUUUGGCAUUUGUGCGAAAUAGUAUUGGAGCUGAAUCAUAUGUUGCCGAUGAAAUAAUCAUUGCACGCUCUGGACAACGUGUACGUAUUGGUAAUACAGAUGCUGAAGGUAGAACGGUUAUGGCUGACUUAUUAUGUGAAGCAAAAGAAAAGGCACUCACAGCUAAGAAUCCAUUUAUAUUUACUAUAGCCACAUUAACUGGACAUUCUAUUCGAGCUUACAAAAACUUCACGGCUUUGAUGGAUAAUGGUCCAGCACGAGUUAAAAAGGUAUCAUAUGAAUUACAAAAUUCUGGUGAUCUAAUCUCUGAUAUUGCCGAGAUUUCUACUAUUCGUAAAGAAGAUUAUGCUAUGAACAAGGCUAAAAGUGAAUAUGAGGACCUAGUACAGUGUAAUAAUGUGGCAAGCAGCGGUACACCACGAGGUCAUCAAAUGCCAGCGGCUUUUUUGGUUGUUGCUAGUGGCUUAAAUAAGUUACCGGUCAAACUUGAAAUUGUUAUGAAAGAUUCAGCCAGUCAGUCAUAUGCAACAUGGUACCUGACACAUAUGCGUCGUCUCAAUUUAACACACCACUUCAGUAAGGAUUGAUGAAAUUAUCAAGAUAAGUCUUUCUCAUGAGAAACUACUAUUUAAACUCUAGAUAAUUUCACCUUAUGACAGUGAGUAUUAUUUAUGAGUCAGCUAUUCAAUGAGGGCAAGAAACUGAUUCAUCUCUAAAUUGUGUCAGUUUAUCCAACUGUUCUAUCUCAUAACACAUUGAUACAUUUAUUGCAGCUAUCACUUUUCACUAGUCCCAUAUACAAUAGACUGUAAUAAUUUGCAUUUCUUCAAAAAAAUUAAAACUAAUCUACAAAUUAGAACACGAAGCUUGUAUCUACCUAUUUCUAAACCGUGUCAUCUGUUUUCCAAGUGUUCUACCUACUCUGUGCUUUCUUAAAUUAAUGAUACUCUUUCCCGCUCCUGUUGACUGUGACAUAUUCCACACCACUACUACAUUAAUACUACAUUAAUUCAGGGAACAUAAAAAUACAAUUGUAUAAUGAUUUAAUAAUCAUAAAACGCAAAUAUAAACAGUGAUUGUCUACGAAUUUGUUCCAAAAGUUACGACGUUCUCAGUAUCCGCUGGUUUAAACAGUCUGAUGUCUGCGAAACAAUCGGCAUCGUUGUUUCUAGGCUGAGUGGUACAAGAAUUUCAUAAGAUAUCACAUUAUCUCAAACCUCAGGUCGCUUCUAUUAUUCUAAUAGAAACGCAGAGUGAUCAUAUUUGUGGAUAAAUGCGUUAAACUAUGUGUUUGAUCUACAGCUAGGGAAAGUUGACUGGGUAUCAUGGCCGUGUCCUCUUAUUAUCGAUAAAGUGGAAUUCCAACCUAUCAGUCAUAAGCUGCAAACUGAUUGCCUUCACUGGUAAGUAACAACUCUCGUUUGGGAUUUUUCGUUCACUAAUUUAUGAAGUGGGGCUGUGGUGCGUGCUACUUAUAUCGAUUUGUGUAGUAUAUCACGCGAGUUAAAAACUCAAUGUCUGGCAGCAGAAGAUAUGGGAAGAUCAAGAAAGGAAGAGAGACAACACAAUGUAAUUUGUAAGGAAACGCAUGAACAAUGAAAUGUGAGGCAAUGGAUUGAUGUUUGCAACAGGAACAGUCCAUGUUGAUAUGAUGCAUUGAUAUUUUGCAAAUUAAAGAUUUACUAUAUGGUUUUUCUAUUUUACCAAGUAACUCUGUAAUUUGUGCUAAAUACAAUUCGGUUGUUCCCACCUGUGUUCUCCUUCACUACAGGGCUAUUGUUUAAUUUAAUGUUUGACAAGAGAAAGUCUAUCAAUAAGCAAGUCUGUUUUAAUCAAUGUUAACUACUAACAUUGAUCAGAAUGAUUUGAUCCACCUCAUGUUCGGCUAGCAUGUUGUAGAAUCUAAUCAGAUUUCGCUUACUCAGACUAAGUUCGGCUAAACACUUAGUAACAUCUUCAAUCAUUAAACCACAAUAAGGACUCAUAUAUAAGUAUGAAGUGAUAUUUCAUUAUUAUAUUUACCUUACUAAAUGCUUUCAUUUUGUAAAUGUGAAUCAAUUGUUUUUUCUCUUUUUGUUUUGUAGCAUGGUCUUGAUGCCAAAGUGCAAAUUCCUUACACUAAUGUAGAUGUAGCCGGUAGUGCAGGUGAAAUUAACGUAACACCAACUGCUGCUCCUUUAAUGAUGUUUGCAAGACGAUAUAUUUUACCACGACUAAGUUUUAAGUAACAAUUUGACAAUUAUCCAAUUUCUUCAAUUAUUCUGAAUAUUCUAGUUUAGAUUUAUUCGAAUUUCGUUUAUAUCGCCUUUCUUGUGAUCAUAAAAUAAUGAUUUUUAAUGGUGUAAUUUUUCAAUGGGUAUUUUAUUGUUGAAAAUUGAACAAUGUAAUAAAAUACUGACAUAUUAGU